AUGGUUUCAUGGGUUUAUGCAACUAAAAUAUUUGUUCAAUAUGCAGGCACCUUCUUAUUCUUUUUCAACUUUUGUGGUGGUAUUAUGACGAUAAUUGUUUUAUCAACAGAUUCGACAUAUCGUAGAAAACCAUGUACAUACUUUAUGUUAAUAUCAGCCAUUGCAGGUUGUAUUCAGCUGCUUGAUGCUACACUUGCACGUGUUCUUUCAACGGGCUUCAAUAUUGAUCUUACACGUACAUCAUCUGUAUUAUGUAAACUACGACAAUAUUCGUAUGGAGGUGCUCCUGGAAUUGCAAUAACAUGUGAUUGGUUAUCAGUUAUUGGUCAAUAUUUAGUUACAUCACGUAGUGCCCGUUUACGACAACUGAGUACUAUGAAGUUAGCUUAUCAUGUUAGUUUUGGUGUUAUUGUUUUUUGGGCUCUUCAGAGUAUACCGUUCCUCAUCUUCACAAGUAUACGAUCGGGAACAUGUAUGGUUACUAAUUUAACUUUACAAGCUUAUUUCACUUACGGUUACUUCUUUACAUUUGCUACAACAAUUCCAAUCAUUAUGCAGAUUACUUUUGGUACACUUACAUAUCGAAAUAUGCGUAUGUUACAGAAUAGUCAUCAGUUGCAGGGUGCUGAUCGACAACUGACUUUAAUGGUUUGUGCACAAAUUGGACUGAUUCUUACUACGUCAGUGCCAUAUGCGAUCUAUUAUGCAUAUUCAUUAAACACAGCAUAUCAGAACAAAACUACUGAACAAAAAGAUAAAGAAAAUUUUGUUGGAAAUGUUCUAGGUUUGACCGCUACUUUUGAGUUUGGAGGUAGCUUCUAUUUGUUUGUUGCUGUUUCAAAACGAUUUCGUCAACAAGUAAAACGAUGUAUUUGUUUGUUUAGGAAACGAAGAAAUAUCGUAGUACCCAGAACAGAAGCAAUUCAAACAAUAAGUGCCAAUCCAGCAACAAAACAAUAA